UGGUAGGAAGAUGUCUGGAUUAAAGUUUCCAGUAAAGAGAAUGGUUUCAUACCAAAAGGAUGCUUCCUAACCUGUGAAAAUGCAAUUUUUUUUGUCAAUUUCAUGCUGGUGUUCCCUGUUGUUGUUGUCGGAGAAGACGAAGUUGGGUGCCGGAACUCAGAAAAGGUGAGGCUGACAGGAGACGUGGCCGCCCCUACGCCGCUUCUUUCAUUGCCCAGUUUGGGUAAAAAUUCAAAUAGUGAGAAGAGGGUUUUAAGUUUGGUUACAGUUGGUAAAAGGAAAGGGCCUUUGGAAGUAAUGGGCCAUUCUCUUGUAAAUGGGCCUGACGGUUGUAUUAGUUUUAAUAGAGAUACCUCAGUUGGUGAGAAAUCGGCUUCUCAUAUUGGGAUGAAGGCAGAAGCUACUGCUGGGCCUUUCUUUAAACGGGAUGGUGGGCCGACGGUGAGUUUUGGAGGCUUGAGUGAUAGGAGGGUGGGUUUGGUUGCUUCUCCCUCAGCGGCGAUUCAGGUUGAUACUUCUGAUUUUGGUUUGGCUUCUCCAACAUUCGAAGAUGGAUUCCCUUUGUCGUCGUCGAAUCCUUCGAUCGCUAGCUUUUCGAAGGAUGACUCUUUUUUAUUGUCGCCAGUGCUGAGAAGUUCUGGCUCCAUCGGUUUGGACGGGUCGCUCAAUGGUUUGUUCGAUGCAGUGGAUGUUUUGGAGGGAGACCCGAAGCUUUCUACGGUGCAAACAGUUUCAGAGGCUGGUGGUUCAGGCAAGUCUUGGGAGACCAGUCCUCGGGUCCUUUCAAAGGAAAAUUCGUCAGGUUCGAGUCAAAGUAAGGCCGCCCAAGGUAAAAUUGCCGGGGCUGAAAAGGUAACUGUGGUAUUUCCAAUGAGAUUUAAGGAUUCUAUAGACAUUGCUCUUGCGACUUCUUUUCUCCAGGAAUUUGUAGAAGCAAGACGAACUGCUGGACUUAAUAAUGCUCCUCCUUGUUCAUGGUCUCCAUCUACUCCUCAAGAACUGAAGGGAGCUCCCAAUGAUGCAUUAUCAGCCAAUGCAGGAUUUGUGACUUUUGUAAUUUUCCCUCGCCAUGUAGAGGGAAAAAAGGUGGACCGUGUAAUUUGGAGUUUGUCAACGUUUCAUGCAUAUGUUAGUUAUCAUGUUAAGUGUUCAGAGGGUUUUAUGCACACACGGAUGCGACGUCGUGUGGAGUCUCUGAUUCAGGCACUUGAUCGUGCCAAGCCAGAUGCAACUAAUACAGGGAAAAAAACACACAGCAGAUCCUUCAAACGGCUGGUUAGUGACGGGAAUGCUGGCUGAUGAUUGGGGGGAUUUCGUUUUAUGCUUUAAUUUAAUUCACUGCAAUAUGCUCGUGAGGAAGCACAAAAAAAUUGAAUCCCAUAAAAGCCUUAUAAUAUUGUGGAAAUUUUGCAAUACCAAUUUGCUGGGUGAGAGGUCCUCUGUUUUCUCCAUGAUUGUUCCAAAUUUUGUUUGGAAGGCAGUGAAGCGUCCCUUGUUUCAAAGAGAGGAGGACGGGUUAUUCACAUUUCAUUUGUAUGAAAUGGCAAUUAUUUCUCUUUGCUCCUAUUUGUCUUGAUUAAAGUAGGAAUGGAGCUUGAGAAGUGAGUUGCACCUAUCAUAUGUGAUUAUGCACUAAGCAACUUAAAACGAAUUGUUUCUGGCCAUGCCAACAAUUCCUAUUUCAUGUUUUGUUAUUAUUAUUUUUUUUCCCUUGAGAAAACAAAGCGCUGCAUGAUAAUGUUCUGCUUAAAUUUGAACUUCUGGAAAUGAAGUGUUCUGCCUGAUAA